AUGGCGGACUUGAAAGCCGAGUCAAAGGACGACAACGCCCUGAAGCAUACCUCAACCGCCCACGAUGGGGAGACCGCAACUACGACCGGAGGAGGCCCCGGCCUGCAUCGCGGUCUGUCAGGCCGUCACUUGAUGAUGUUGGCUAUUGGUGGUGUUAUUGGGCCAGGUUACUUUGUGGGAAUGGGCACGGGUUUAACGAAUGCUGGCCCAGCUGGUCUUCUACUCUGCUUUGCAGUUGUCGGCGUGCUGCUUUGGGCUGUUAUGCAGUCUUUGGGCGAACUCGGCGCUUUCAUUCCUUUGUCAGGCUCUUUUACGCACUACACCUCCACUUUUGUCGACCCAGCAGUCGGCUUUGCGCUCGGUUGGAACUAUUGGCUGUUAUGGGCCGGAAUCAUAAUCGCAGAGUACAACAAUCUUGGACUUGUACUGACGUACUGGGAAACGGCUUUGCCAAGAUGGGGGUGGAUUCUGAUCUUUUGGUGGUUCUUCCUCGCGUUCACCCUCCUCGGCGUCAAGUCCUUCGGUGAAGCAGAGUUCUGGCUGGCUCUCAUCAAAGUCGUCGCCAUCUUUGCCUUCUUCCUCUGUGCGAUCCUUAUAACAUCCGGCGUCAUUGGCGGCGAGAAGAUUGGCUUCAAAUUCUACCACGACCCAGGCGCGUUUGCGAACGGCGCCAAGGGCGUCUUCCAGGUCUUUGUCUUCGCUGCUUUGCAGUACAGCGGCACGGAGAUGAUUGGAUUGACCGCAGGAGAGUCGUCCAACCCCCAACGCGACGUCCCCAAGGCAGUCAAGUCCGUCCUCUGGCGCAUCUGCGGUAUCUUCCUGCUGGGCAUCUUCUUUCUCACUAUCACGGUCCCGUAUAACGACCCGAACCUGCUGUCCGCGUCUAGCAAGACGGCUCGGUCACCGUUCGUCAUUGCCUUCACGAGGGUCGGGGCAACUGCCGGAGCACACGUGGUCAACGCAAUCAUUUUGGUCACGAUGUUCUCCGCGAUCAAUGCCGCGCUCUACGUCGGUUCCCGCACGCUUUACGGGCUUGCACAGGAGGGGCAGGCGCCGAAGAUCUUCGCGUGGACGACGAAAAAGGGCGUCCCAAUCGUGUCCUUGAUUGCCAUGAAUCUCAUUGGGUUUCUAUCUCUUCUCAACUUGUCGUCAGGCGCUGGUGUUGUGUACACCUGGAUUAUUUCCAUUACCGGUGUUGCGACCUUCAUCACUUGGGGGCUCAUCUCACUUAAUCAUAUCCGCUUGCGUAUGGCGUUGGCUGCUCAGAACAUCAGUGCCGACGUCCUACCUUUCCAGGCUCCCGCUUGGCGGUUCUGCGCCUAUUUGGGACUCGCUGGGAACACGUUCUUCAUCUUCUUCCAAGGUUGGACAGCGUUUGCGCCGUGGGAUGUCGAGGCUUUCUUUCAGAAUUAUAUCGUGGUGUUGCUCUUCAUCAUUUUAGCAGUCGGUUGGAAGAUUGCGAAGAGGACGAAGUUGGUUCAUCUCAAGGAGAUUGACCUGGGGAACGCGAGAAUGAUCAUCUAG